AUGAAAUACGAAUUACAACGAUCUUUCAGGAGAUUUAAUAAAAAAGUUCAUCAAGUUGGAUCUACUGUUACAAGACUUAUACGUAGAGACAGCUCCCCUCUUGUCCAUGUUCAUCGUCGAAUAAGAUCAACAGUAUCUUCACCACCUUUAUCGGAUAGUGAUGAUGAUACAUUUUCAGCAACACCAACUGAAUCAUUCACGGAUGAUACUGAAAGUGAGCCACCUACAACUCUUCCUUGUGAAUUUUGUAGUAGACCUCAACCGAUUAAUAAUUUACUUAAUCAUCAGAAUCGAUGUCGAGCCAAUCCUGAUCGUACACCAGGAAGACAUUCAGUUGUCCAUACAGGACCUCCUGCACGUCAUCCUCGCCGUCCUCGUCGUGUUGUUUCUGAAAAUGUAUUACAAACGGCUAGUGCACCUCCACGUACACGUACUCCAUCACCAACAGAAAACUUUCCUGUAUCGAGUGGUCUUGUAUGUCCAAUAACAAAGUCAGUCUUUCGUAAUCCCGUCAUUGGUCCUGAUGGUCAUACAUAUGAACACGAUGCCAUUGUUCCAUGGGUUGAAAAAGAAGAAACAAGUCCUAUGACGCGUGAACCAUUAUCUGUGAGUAAACUUAUUCCAAAUCGUGCUAUUAAACAGGUGGCUGAUGAUUUUCGUCGUGAAUGUCAACGAAAAUCACUUUAUAAAUACAAACUUGAUGUUGAUGUUAAAAAAACUGAACAAAUACCAUUUAUAAAAACUCCUACAAAAUCAAUCUAUCGAGCUGAAUGGAUAGGAAAUAAUGCAUCAUCAAAUAAUUCAAAAAUUAUUCUUGUACAUUUAAAUGGAAUACAUGCUGAAACCAUUGCUAAAUCAAAUUGUCAACUUAAAACACAUGAAAAUAUUGUACCAAUAUUUGGUAGAGUUGAACACAAUGAUUCAGGUAUUCUUCUCGUUCAAGAAUAUUCAUCGAUGCAAACACUUUCUCACUUAAUUAAAGAUGAUCGUGCUAAAUUAACAAUUGAAAUUCUUGAUUUUAUAUUAUAUCAAAUUGCUUCUGGUCUUCAACAUCUUAGUGAUGCUAAAAUUAUUCAUGGAAAUAUUACAGCAGAUGAUGUAUUUAUUUAUCGUAUUGAUGAAAUACCAGAAAAUAUAUUGGUAAAAUUAAAUAAUAUUGAUGAUGCCGACAAAUUUCUUACUCAUACACCACCAGAAGUUUUAUCGCAACAUGUUUUAGAAAAAUCUGAUGUAUUUGCAUUUGGUAGAUUUGCACAAGAAUUAUAUUCAAAUGAAUUAGAAGUAGAUAAUCAAAAUUUAAGAAAGCGACAAAUUUUAUGUGAACGUUGUUUAGCGGGUAGUCCACAAGAACGACCAACAUUUAAUGAAUUAUUGAAAUCAUUCAAGGAGACAAAUGCGCUUUAA